CAUGUUCUAGAGCUGACCAGGAGCUAUGAGGGCCCAUCGCUGUCUGACUUUGACAGAGGAUUUUGUGCAGACCAGAGUCUGUCUUUAUCAGCCGUUUCAGCCGAUGGCUUCCUGAGACCAAACAAAGGCAUUGUUCUGGAGUAUCCAGAGCCCAUCUCUAUUGUUGCACCAUGUCUGAACUACUCCACGAGCCUUUUAUCACCUUUAGUUGCCCUGCACAAGCACACUCUUUCUCCGGGCAGCAGUCUGAGCACAGUUCUGGGCAGUCCAGUGCAAGGCAAGUCCUCCACACCCUACGAGAGAGUGCAGUUUCAAAAACCCACCCUGGCCAGCUCACUGGACCUGUCCUGUGUCGAUUUGACCACCACUCACCCAUCGUGGGAAGUGUCCUUCGUGAAGGCCAUAGCUGAGAGCCCAAAGUCAUGUUUGGAGUCCACGUGGAGUCCUAUUAACCCGUCGGCUCCUCCUGAGGUCUCUCUGGUGUCGUCAGGAAGGUCCCCGCUCCCCAACGGUUCAGAGGAGCUCCAGCGCUCCUGGAGGGAAAUGGUCCGGCAGGGAUCUAGUCAGGUUCCUGCAAUCCCAGAUCUCCAGAGCUCCUCUAACCUGGCCAUCUGAUCGACACCAUAUUUGAGGCAUGUAUGUGCAGAAAUGCUACUCCUGGAAAUACUUGGUUUGUUCUAAUGUGUCUUUAUUUUACAGGCUUCUUACUGUGAUUCAUAAUAGAGAGGUACUCCUGUUUAUAUAAGUGUAUUUAAUCAAAAUAAAGUGUUGAAAUGUCUUUCA